AGUUGCAUUUUAAACUUUUACGUAUACGGUUGUGAACAGCAAGAUAUAAAAUUACGAUUUUUAUAAAUAUUUUUUUUAUUACAGAAAAACACUCACGGGUUAUUUUACGGGUUAAAGCAUUAAAACAACGGCGAACGUUAUCAAACUUUAUUUUCAGGAAAAAAGAAAUAAUAAAAUAUUUUUCAACUGCAUGGUUUAAAAAUAUUUUUACAAAUCUGCCAGAUAAGUGGUGACUAACAUUUCGUAAACAGCAGGAGAUAACAAGGUUUUAAUAAAUAAUAACCAAUUAGUCAAUGGUUUAUCGGGAAGUGUUUUAAAGACAAAUCGAAAAAAUUAAAAGUAAUUUGUGAUUAUAGUAUUUAAAAAAAAAAAAAAUAAGUGAUUUUUUUAUUUGCCAAAAAACAUCUACCAAGUGCUAGUUUUUUAUCGGUUUUUAUUGGUUCAUUGCAAAAAAACCAAAUAAAAAAUGAAUCACAUUUAAAUUAUGUUUACUUGAGACCAUCAGCAGAGUCGUUCGUUCGUCUGACAUUUUACGUUCUCAUACGAUCGCAUUCAUUUUGUAUCUUAUCAAAAUAAUUGUGGACAAAUCGGCAGAACAAUUUUAGCCCAUCAACCGUACAAGGGAAAAAGAAUGAAUAUUCACCGGUUGUUGGCUGAAAAGGAGGGUUUGUUGCUGUUAAAGCCAAGAAAUAAAAUUAAAUAAAAUAAAUUUAUUACUGUGAUUUUGGAUUAUUGUAUAUUUGUGUUCGUAACUAACAACAGGUUUUAUAUUUAAUAUUAAAUUUUAGAUUAUAUUUUUUUAUUGUUAACAUUUCUACCUGUGAGUUUGUUUUUAUAAAAACAAAUUAAAAAUGGCUCUCAUAAUCUUACACGAUAUGUAUGACUGGUACAGGGAUCUCAUGGACAACAAAAGUGAUCCUCGUGUCAAAGAUUGGUUUAUGAUGUCAUCACCUGUACCCACAUUUUUAUUAUGUGUAUUUUACGCUUAUUUUAGUAAAUCUUUAGGACCAAAGUUAAUGGCCAAACGUAAGGCCUUGGAUUUAAGACAAAUACUAGUUUGGUACAAUCUAUUUCAAACCAUAUUUAGUGCGUGGAUAUUUUAUGAGUAUUUAAUGAGCGGCUGGUGGGGUCAUUAUAAUUUUAGAUGUCAACCAGUUGAUUAUAGUAAUAAUCCUUUAGCCUUAAGAAUGGCACGCGUUUGUUGGUGGUAUUACAUUUCAAAAUUCACAGAAUUUUUCGACACACUAUUUUUCAUAUUGCGUAAGAAAACACAACAUGUCUCAACACUGCAUGUCAUUCAUCACGGUUGCAUGCCCUUCUCUGUCUGGAUGGGCAUGAAAUUUGCACCAGGCGGCCACAGUACCUUCUUUGCCUUAUUAAACUCAUUUGUACAUAUUGUAAUGUAUUUCUAUUAUAUGAUUGCUGCUAUGGGACCAAAAUACCAAAAAUACAUCUGGUGGAAGAAGUAUUUAACUUCUUUCCAAAUGGUUCAAUUUGUCGCCAUUUUCACUCAUCAAUUCCAAUUGUUGUUCCGUGAAUGUGAUUAUCCUAAAGGUUUUAUGGUUUGGAUCGGUUUACAUGGCGUUAUGUUCCUAUUUUUGUUCUCAGACUUUUAUAAAGCCAAAUAUACAAAGGGCGCUCAAAAAGUUAAAGCCAGCAGCACGGCCAAUGGUCAUAUUAAAUCAUCGACAAUAUCCGAAUCGGAGAAAGAACAUCUUAUGGCCAAUGGCAAUGGUAAAUUAUAUACAAAUGGUGAUGUAAUUUAUGCCAAUGGUAAUAGCAAUAAAGGAGCUUGUAUGCCUGUUUUGGAUGAUGAAAUCGAAGUAAAACCCUUAAGCAAUGGUCAUUUAUUGAAUGGCAAUGGUCAUUAUCAAAAUGGCUUUGCCAAUGGUCACAUACUCAAGGAGGGUGUUAUCUCAACCAAUGAAGCUAUCUUAAAUUCAGAUACCAGUAGCUCUAGUCUUCACCAGAGAAAAGUCAAAUAAUAAACUAAAGUGUUUUUUCUUAGGAUUUAAAAUAAUUUUAUAUAUAUACAUAUAGUUUUUAGCAACAAAUUAUAUACAAAAACCAACAAAAAAAAAAACCAAGAAAAGGAAUUAAUUUUAGAAAAACAAAAAAGGGAGAUAUAAUUUAUAUUUAAAAAAAAAUUCUAAAAAAUAAAAAAAAUAUUGAAUGAAUGUAUGCAAAGAAACAAAUAUUAUUAACUGUAAUUAAUGAACAAAACAAAAAGAAAAACAUAAACAACAACUUGCAAUCAAAACAAUCAAUCAUUUAUUUAAUAUUAUUUUAUUUUUAUCAUCAUUAUUAUUUCCAUUAUCUUUUUUUUUUUGUUCAAAAUAUAUAAUAAGUUUCUCUGUACUCUAUAAUUAUUGUAAUAAUUGACAAAAAAGCAAACAUACACAAAAAUCCUUAAAUUUCAUUGGUUCACAUCUCCAACAAUCAUAUAUUUUUAUAGAUUAUUUAUUAUUGUAAAUUAAAUUAAAAAAAAAAAAACAACAACAACAAAAAGUUACACUUACUCUUUACACAUAUACAUUAAUGCUUUACAUUUGUACAUCAAUCAAUAAUAUAUUUUUAAUAAUUUUUCUCAAAUGAAUGACUAGAAAAACAAAAACAAGAAAAUAUUAUUAGAAAAUAUUUUGCUAAACUUUAAAAAUUGUUAUAUUUUUGUAUUUUUUAAUUGUAAUUUUUUUUUUGUUCUUUAAGUACAAGCCUAUUUUCAACUCUUACUUUCUGUUUGUCUUUGUUUAAAAGAUUUAUUUUGGGAGAUUUUAAAAUAGUAUUUAAGGUUCUACGAUUCGUGUGCAUUUAUUUGUUUUUUUUUUCGAGCGAAAUAAAUAAGAUUGUUUUCAAUUUUUUUUUUG